CAGUAAAUCUUUUUAAUGUAGAGAUAUCUACGACAUGAAACAAUAUUGAGUAAAAUGAGAUUACAGGCUAAUUUUAAUUCAACAUGCGCUGGUAUAAAAUAACCAAGCAAAGUAUUGCAAUUUUAACAUUGUAUAUAUCUUUUACACUUGUUCUCCACUAUAUCCAAGGGAUAAUCCGAGGCGAAAGCAACAAGAGCCAAUAUAUUGAAAUCACUGGUGAUGGACUUGAUAACUUCGAGGAACGAAUUGCCACUUCCAGUAAGUCGCUCAAUGAAGAACACCUUGAAGAGAGCGAUAGCUGCACACCACAAAGAUAUGUUGGGUAUUUAAAAGUGCAUAAAUCUGGAAGUACAACUAUCAUGAAUAUAUUCCUACGCUAUGGAAUACGAAAAAACCUGACUUUUGUUUUACCAGAUCGUGGAAAAUUUGUGAAUUUGUGUUCACCGGGAACAUUUCAACUUAAAAUCUUGCCAAAAUUAAAUGGGGAAUAUUUCAAUAUUUUAACGCAUCAUGCACGGUUCGAUUUGUCAAGUUUUCGAGAUGUUUUAGGACCACGUGCCGUCUUCAUUGGUAGCCUCCGUGAUCCAUUAAAAGCUUUUCAGUCAACUUUCAAUCACUUUAGACUGGAUAUAUAUCGCGGCUUACCUUCGAUACAUACUUUUCUACAACACCCAGAAAAGUAUGAAAACAUAACAAAGACAUUUGCGAAUCCAUAUACGAAAAAUUUCCAAUCAUAUCAUUAUGGAUUUCACAGAUACGCUUAUGUAUCUCCAGAUGACCUUAAAAGGAAAACACAGGAAUUGGAAUCUCAAUUCUUGUUGAUUAUAAUCUCAGAAUAUUUCCAAGAAUCCUUAGUACUGCUAAAGAGACUAUUA